GCGCGAUCAGAGCCGGUCAUUCAACGGGUGAAUCUUUGACGCAUAGGAUUGACGAGGAGGCCAAUUCACUCUAGGGCUUCCCCGAAUAACAUCCAGCACGACGUUCAGAUUCGCGGCUCGAGCACUUCGCGUGCGGCCAGUUUAUCCUGCAAGAUCUUUCACUACCACACGUGCGAUCAUGGCGACCAACUCUGGACGAGGAAAUCCCAUCGCGGCGACCGAGGGCAUCCAGGAAACCAGCACCGCGCCCCCCAAGGUCUCCGGCGAGGUCAAGCAAGAGAUUGCCAACUCGACCCAAUCUGCUGCUCCUGGAGAGCACUCUUCGGGUCAGGAUGCCGGCGUUGUGCCCCCUGCCGAGGGGCCUGCGAAAGUAAAGUCCGAAAAGGAGUUGGAGAAGGAACGCAAGAAGGCUGAAAAGGCCGCCAAGCUCGAGGCGAAAAAGGCAAAGGCUGCUGCUGCCGCUGCGGCCCCUGUCAAGGAGAAGAAGGCUAAGAAGGAGAAGGUAGAGGAGGAGCCGCUCCCCGUCUACGUCGAAGAUACCCCCGUUGGAGAGAAGAAGCGCAUUCGAUCGUUCGACGACCCUCACUUCAAGGCAUACAACCCCGUUGCCGUCGAGUCCGCAUGGUAUACCUGGUGGGAGAAGGAAGGCUUUUUCAAGCCCGAGUUCACUGCAGACGGAAAUGUCAAGGAUGAAGGCAGCUUCGUCAUUGUCCACCCGCCUCCCAAUGUUACCGGUAACCUGCACAUGGGACACGCCCUGGGCGAUUCGCUUCAGGAUCUCAUGAUCCGAUGGAACAGGAUGCAGGGCAAGACUACUCUGUGGCUUCCCGGUUGUGACCAUGCUGGUAUCUCGACCCAGAGCGUUGUCGAGAACAUGCUGUGGAGAAAGAACCAGCAGACCAGACACGACCUCGGCCGAGAGAAGUUUGUCGAGACUGUCUGGGAGUGGAAGGAGGAUUACCACAAGCGUAUCAACAAGGCCUUGACCAGCUUGGGUAGCUCAUUCGACUGGAGCCGUGAAGCUUUCACCAUGGACCCCAACUUGACAAAGGCCGUCGUCGAAACCUUCGUUCAGCUUCACGAGGAGGGCAUCAUCUACCGUGCCAACAGACUUGUCAACUGGUGCACAAAGCUCAACACUGCUCUUUCAAACCUCGAGGUCCAGAACAAGGAGCUCACAGGAAGGACGCUCCUCGAUGUCCCCGGAUAUGACAAGAAGGUCGAGUUCGGUGUCAUUGUUCAUUUCAAGUACCCUAUCGAGGGCAGCGAUGAGACUGUCGAGGUUGCCACUACCCGUAUUGAAACCAUGCUGGGUGAUACUGGUAUUGCUGUUCACCCCAAGGAUGCGAGGUACACACACCUGAUUGGCAAGAGUGCUGUCCACCCAUUCAUCCCAGGACGCAAGCUGCCCAUCAUCGCCGACGAGUAUGUCGACAUGGAGUUCGGAACUGGAGCUGUCAAGCUGACUCCCGCCCACGACCCCAAUGAUUUCACCCUUGGCCAGAAGCACAACCUGGAGUUCAUCAACAUUCUCACUGACGAUGGCCUGAUGAACGAGAAUGCUGGACCGUACAAGGGCCAGAAGCGCUUUGAUGUCAGAUACUCCAUCCAGGAUGCCCUGAAGGAGAAGGGCCUGUAUGUGGACAAGAAGGACAACCCGAUGAAGGUUCCUCUGUGUGAAAAGUCCAAGGACAUUAUCGAGCCCAUCAUGAAGCCCCAAUGGUGGGUUAGAAUGAAGGAGCUUGCUGAGCCCGCCCUUCAGGCUGUCCGAGAUGGCAAGAUCAAGAUCCGACCUGAGAGCGCUGAGAAGAGCUACUUCCGCUGGCUUGAGGAUAUCAACGACUGGUGCAUCAGCCGACAGUUGUGGUGGGGCCACAGAUGUCCUGCAUACUUUGCCAAGAUUGAGGGAGGCUCCGAGGGCAUCCCCGAGGACAAGCUCUGGUUUACUGGAAGAACUAGAGAAGAGGCAGAGAAGAAGGCCAAGGCGGCCUUCCCCGACAAGACCUUCACUCUUGAGCAGGAUGAGGACGUUCUUGAUACAUGGUUCUCAUCUGGCCUGUGGCCGUUCAGCACUCUGGGUUGGCCCGAGAAGACGGUCGACUUUGAGAAGCUGUUCCCUACUAGCGUUCUCGAGACUGGCUGGGACAUUCUCUUCUUCUGGAUUGCCAGAAUGGUCAUGCUCAGCUUGAAGCUAACUGGACAGGUUCCAUUCAGGGAGGUUUACUGCCACAGUCUCGUCAGAGAUUCAGAGGGCCGGAAAAUGAGCAAGAGUUUGGGUAACGUCGUCGACCCCCUGGACGUCAUUGCCGGUAUCAAGUUGGAAGAUUUGCACGCGAAGCUUCUUCUGGGUAACCUGCACCCAAGCGAGGUCCAGAAGGCGACCAAGUAUCAGAAGACUGCUUUCCCUGAUGGCAUUCCUGAGUGCGGAGCUGACGCACUCCGUUUCACCAUGAUCAAUGCCACAACCGGCGGUGGUGACAUCAACCUGGAAGUCAAGAUUAUCCACGGUUACCGAAAAUUCUGUAACAAGAUUUUCCAAGCAACCAAGUACGUCUUGGGAAGUCUGCCCCAGGACUUUGUUCCCUCAAAAACUGGAGCCGUUCCUGGCAAGACUCUGGCGGAGAGAUGGAUUCUCCACAAGAUGAACCAGGCCGCCAAGGAGAUCAACAUCGCCCUUGCCGAUCGAGAGUUCUCAAAGUCCUCAAUCAUUGUUUACCGCUACUGGUACAACGAACUCUGUGACGUGUACAUUGAAAACUCAAAGGCCAUUAUCCGCGAUGGCACUGAGGAGGAGCGCAACUCGGCUAUCCAGACCUUGUACACUGCUCUUGAGGCAGCGCUCACAAUGAUCCACCCCUUCAUGCCUUUCAUCACCGAGGAGAUGUGGCAGAGAAUGCCCCGGAGACCCAGCGAUGAGACAAAGUCCAUCAUGAUUGCCAAGUACCCCACGUACAAUGCUGUUCUUGACGACCCGGCCUCAGAGGCGGCCUAUGAGCUUGUGCUCGACUGCACCAAGGCUUCCCGAUCGCUCAUGUCAGAGUAUGCCAUCAAGGAGGACGCUGAGAUCAUCAUCCAGGCCUACAACGCAGAGGCUCUCCAGACAUGCAAGAACGAAGUCUCUUCCAUCAAGUCCCUCAGCGGCAAGAGCGUCAAGACCAUGGAGGUCGUCGGCCCCGAUGCUCCCCGACCUCUCGGUAGCGUUGCUUACCCCGUCUCUACCGUCGCCUCCGUCUUCCUGCACGUCAAGGGCAGAGUGGACAUUGAUGCCGAGAUUGUCAAGGCGCAGAAGAAGCUUGAGAAGACCAACGGCAACAUCCAGAAGCAGGAGAAGCUCAUCGCGGAUCCUGGAUACAAGGAGAAGGUGUCGGCGGCCGUCCAGGAGGGUGACCUCCAGAGAUUGGCUGAUGCCAAGCAUGACAAGCACAGCUUGGAGGAGACGAUUAAGCAGUUUGAGCAGCUCAAGUUGGAGUAGACAGUGUAGAAUGUGUGCUUAAAAAAGAGUAGCCUGAGACCUAAAGGGCUGCAUUCUCAUGUAGAUGGAAAAGGAGUAAAAUCUCUAGAGUACACGACAGAGAAUUAAAAGGGGAACAAAAAUAAAAGAGCUGUUAAACU